UAAUCACACACAUGUAAACAAAGGCAGCGGAGAGCGGCGCACAGUGGAGUUAUUGCCGUCCGGCCGCUGCUCACCCUGAUGAGGGCCGGCUCCCGCUGCCGUCAACUCCAGCCUGUGCGUCGGCUCCGGCCUCCAGCUCAGACCACCUCUUAACCAGCCACCAGCAUGCCUGUUGCCGCUGUCAAGUUAUUCUACGUCAUCAACACCCUGCGGACACGCCCCAUCCGUGCUGUCAUUGGUCCCGGCCUCUUGGUGUUAGUACAGACAUUCACUAUUCAAACAUGACGACAGAAUCUCCUCGCCGCCCAAGUCGCUGUACAGGGGGUGUGAUGGUUCGACCUCAGGCAGUCACGGAACAAUCAUAUAUGGAAAGCGUUGUUACAUUUCUUCAAGAUGUUGUUCCACAGGCCUACAGUGGGUCACCUACAGUGGAGGAAAAGGAAAAAAUAGUUUGGGUCCGUUUUGAAAAUUCAGAUCUGAAUGAUACAUACAGGAAUAUGGAGAUUCAUGAAAUGCAUAGCACUGGCAGCGACCCCCCUUUGCUUCUGAUGAUUGGCUAUACAGAUGGACUUCAGAUUUGGAGUACACCAGUCAGUGGAGAAGCGCAAGAAUUAUUCUCUGUUCGACAUGGCCCAGUAAGAUCUGCACGAAUCUUGCCAUCUCCUCAGAUUGGUUCUCAAAAAUGUGACAGUUUUACAGAGAAGAGGCCUCUCCUUGGAAUGUGCAAAAGCAAUGGGUCUUGUGGCACAAGCCAACCUUACUGCUGUGUGGAUUUAUAUUCUUUACGGACUGGGGAAAUGGUGAAAUCUAUUCAGUUUAAAACUCCAAUCUAUGACCUGCAUUGCAAUAAAAGGGUCCUUGUGGUAGUGCUACAAGAAAAAAUUGCUGCUUUUGAUAGCUGCACGUUUACAAAGAAGUUUUUUGUGACAAGCUGCUAUCCUUGUCCAGGGCCAAACAUGAAUCCUAUUGCUCUUGGGAGUCGCUGGCUCGCAUAUGCUGAAAACAAGCUUAUCAGGUGCCAUCAGUCUCGUGGAGGAGCAUGUGGAGAUAAUAUUCAGUCGUAUACUGCCACUGUCAUUAGUGCUGCCAAAACUCUGAAGACUGGGCUUACCAUGGUUGGUAAAGUUGUUACCCAACUUACUGGUACACUGCCCACAGGAACCUCAGAUGAGGAUUUGUCGACACACAGCAAUGCUAGGCGUAAUCCCCUUGUCCCUGGAGUUAUCACCAUUAUUGACACAGAAACUGUUGCUGAGGGACAGGUUCUCGUCAAUGAAGAUUCUGAUAGUGAAGGCAUUGUAGCUCAUUUUCCUGCACAUGAAAAGCCAAUCUGCUGUAUGGCAUUUAAUCCUAGUGGGAUGUUGCUUGUGACAUCAGAUACACUAGGACAUGACUUCCAUGUAUUUCAAAUCCUCACUCAUCCCUGGUCCUCUUCCCAAAGUGCUGUCCAUCACUUGUACACAUUGCACCGAGGAGAAACGGAGGCUAAAGUGCAAGAUAUUUGCUUCAGCCACGACUGCCGAUGGGUGGUGGUGAGCACUCUCCGUGGCACUUCCCACGUAUUCCCAAUAAACCCCUAUGGUGGUCAGCCAUGUGUCCGCACACAUAUGUCUCCCCGCGUGGUAAACCGCAUGAGUCGCUUUCAGAAAAGUGCAGGCUUGGAGGAGAUUGAACAGGAGCUGACUUCAAAGCAAGGGGGUCGAUGUAGCCCUGUGCCAGGUCUGUCCAGCAGUCCAUCUGGCUCCCCAUUACAUGGUAAACUUAACAGUCAAGACAAUUAUAAUAAUUUCACCAAUAACAACCCAGGAAACCCGCGCCUUUCACCGCUCCCCAGUUUGACUGUGGUACUACCACUGGUACAAAUAAAGCAGCCAAUGACACUAGGAACCAUCACGAAACGUACUGGACCUUACCUGUUUGGAGCAGGAUGUUUUUCCAUCAAAGCUCCUUGCAAAACCAAGCCAGCUCCACAGAUUUCCCCAAGUAAGUCCACGGGAGGAGAGUUUUGUGUUGCUGCUGUUUUUGGCUCUUCAAGAUCCUGGUUUGCCAGCAACCAAGGCAUUAAAAGGGACAAAGAUCAAUCCAAGCAGUAUGUGGUGGAAUCUCUGUACAUCAUUAGUUGCUAUGGAACUGUAGUAGAACAUGUGCUGGAACCUCGGCCUCUGAGCACUGCUCCGAAAAUAAAUGAUGACACACCACUGGAAAUGUGGACAUCACCACGUGCCAGUUGGACUAUUGCCAGGACUCCUCAGUGGAAUGAGUUACAGCCACCGUUUAAUGCAAACCAUCCCUUGUUGCUGGCUUCAGAUGUGGUACAGUACUAUCAAUACCUGCUGGCUGGCUUGGUUCCACCUGGAAGUCCUGGUCCCAUCACAAGGCAUGGUUCUUAUGAUAGCCUUUCUUCAGACCAGAGUGGGCAGGAGGACGAAGGAUGGCUUUCACAGGUGGAAAUUGUUACUCAUACUGGACCACACAGACGAUUGUGGAUGGGACCUCAGUUCCAGUUUAAAACUAUCCAUCCCUCCGGACAAACAACAGUGAUUUCCUCUAGUUCUUCAGUGCUUCAUUCACACGGCCCAAGUGAUACUCCACAGCCUUUGCUGGAGUUCGAUACGGAUGACCUUGAUCUAAACAGCCUCAGGAUUCAGCCUGUUCGCUCAGAACCUGUCAGCAUGCCUGGAUCACCACGUCCUGUUUCUGAUCGAAGGGGAGGAUCAACAGUUAUUGAUGCCAGCUCAGGUGCCUAUGAUCGCAGUGUGACCCUGCUGGAAGUGUGUGGGAGCUGGCCAGAAAGCUUUGGGUUACGCCAUAUCUCUUCUAUUGAAAGUACUGAUGAGGGUCUUCGCGAACGGCUGGCAGAUGCCAUGUCUGAGUCCCCAAACCGAGAUGUGGUGGUAUCAGGAACAGAACUACAGCGAGACGGAAGCAUAGAGACGCUAAGUAACAGUUCCGGAUCUACCAGCGGUAGCAUUCCACGCAACUUUGAUGGCUACAGAACAACUCUUCCAAGCAACGAAACUCAACCUCUCAGCCUCUUUCCUUCAGGACUUCUAUAGAAGAAUUAUGUAACUGAAUGGGAGAGCGAGAGAUUUAUAUAUCCUUACAUUUUCGGUUUAAUUGAUACAAAAUACUUUUUAUUGCAUUAUGAAACUGUAUGCUAACUAUAAUAUGGAGCUACGGUAAUUUACAUAGAGCAGAUUAGGGUAAAAUUGAGAAAUGCACACGUCAUUACAGGACUUAUUCCUUAUUGUUAUAUCUGGGCCUCAUUACUUACAAACUAAGAUUUGCUUGAAACCGUAGCAAUAUAAAGACAAUCGCAAUGUGCUUUCUACCUAUAUAUGUUUCUGCAGUGGCAUGACUUACACUGGCCAUCCUGGCAUAUAUAUUUAUUUGGAAAUAUAGCUACAUGGAAAAUAAUCAUUUAUAACGUGUGACAUUACUGUAAUUUAAUCGCAAAUAUUUGUAUGUGUAGGUAGAAUAGAUACUGAUUAAUAAUGAUGAUUCCCUAUUAGAUGCGUACAAUGUGUGUAGAUAUCUCCCUAUUAUAAUAGAAAACAGGUCAAAUGAUAACUUGCACGAUUACCUUAAACAAGGAGAUUUAAUUUAGAUACAAGUGUUCCAAUUCUUUGACUCCUAUACUUGACACACACCUUAUUAGGAAUUUUUAUUGUGACAACUGUUUCCCGUUGUAACCUGUACUUCUGCUCUUAAAUGUUCAUAUAGUGAAGAAAAGGUAACACAGAGUGUCUGGUACUAGUCUGUUAGUUGUCCAAAUGAUAAAGUAUACGCUAAUACUCUAAUAGUAAUUGUGAGCAAAACAUACUAAACAAUGAGUGGUUUUUAAAUACUAAAAUCUACACAGCAACUCAGUUUAAUUCCCUUGAUGGGUGGUUUUUCAUUCUCUUUCAUUCAAAUAGGAAAUCUAAUUAUGAACAUCUCCUUUACAUUUAUGUCACAUUACUCUCAUCCUCUGUACCUCCGCCAUUUUCUACUGCUGUUUGUUAACAGUAUAGCAUUGAGUACAAACAAAAUAUUUAAGUGCCGAAGUAAUUGUUCCCGAGUUGUAAUGCUCCACUAAAGCCGGUUACACACUGGAGUGACGGGGAUCCGUUCCAACAUUGGAACGAAUCCCCAUCAGCCCAAUACGUGUGUACAUACUGGGGCGAAGCUAAUGAAGGACGGAACACCUACAUUAGCACUCCACAGGAUGCUAGCGACAAUGCUUGGUUGGAUGUGCAGCACAUUAAACCGAGUGUCCGUCACUAGGGAUCGCGCAAUCCCCCGUACACACUGAGAGGUGUAGGCUGACAUUGCUGUAGUGCAAGCCUGGCCAACCUGUGGCUCUCCAGCUGUUGUGAAACUUCAAGUCCCAGCAUGCAUUGCUACAGUUUUGCUGUUAGGGAAUGCUGAAACUAUGAGAGAGCAUGUUGGGAUGUGUAGUUUUACAACAGCUGGAGAGCCACAGGUUAGCCAUGCCUACUCUACUGUGUACCCGGCUUAACACUCUGUUGCUACUCACAGAGCCCAAAGUUCAGAUGACCCACAGAGAAAAAAAGAAAGAAAGAAAGAAAGAGAAAACCAACAGAGCAGCGUUAACAAUCAGUGGUUGUCACUGGUGUGUAUAAUUAACCAGUACUUGUAACUGUAGGUAUAAAAAUACAAUGUCAAUUUAAUAAGCAUUAAAAAUUGGGGUCUUUCAUUUUUAGCUGCUUACACCUUCUAUUAUCAGCUAAAACACCCCAAAUACAUGUAUCACUCACUGCAGUUUAAAUGUCUACCAAUGAUCUGAUAUUCAUAAAUAUUGUUAUUUAAUAAGUCCUUGACAGGCCUAUACUAAUGAUUUUAUAUGUAACAAAAAUUAGGAAUAUUGUUUGAUAUUAUGAUAUGCAACAGUGUUUUUUGUUUUUUUUAUUCUUAUUAAAUUGGUACUAUAGUUUUAUUCUAUGGUGACAAAUGCUAGUUAUUUAUACACCCUGAUACCUACCACUGAUUCUCAGUGCUGCUUUUUUACUAUAGCAUAAGUGUUUCACCAAUAUCGGAAGAGCUUACUUGCUUCUUUUAUUAUUAAUCUUGUGCAAUAGUCUGAGAUGCACAUUUUGUACCUGGUCAAAGUUCAUUAUCACUAACUACUACAACCAUUUAUUCCUGUGAUAAAUAUUCGCCAAAAUGUUUUAGAUGAAUACAAAUCUCAUUUAGGAAUAUGCUAGAAAAGUUUGAGACAUCUAUUUAUUGCUUUUCUGUAUAAAACACACAACGGUCUUAACAAGCAGGUUCCUGAGUAGCCAGGGUGGUAGUGUAAUAAUAUGGGAGGACACUGGUCUUUUCCCAAUAUAAAAUGUACUUUGCCAAACAGCAUCAGUUACUGCAACCAGGCAAAAUCUUGUAAGGCCACUCACUCUAGAGAUUAUAGGUUUCUGCAAUGAAAUGUAAUCAACUAUUAAAACUUAUUGUUAUGUCUAAUACAAACUGCAUUGCCACGGCAACAUGAAUUUUGACCAAUCUUGAAGUUACAAAUUUUGCAUUGUUUUAUUAAGCUUUUACCUGUGAAUAUGAAAUAAAAAGGUAUGAAUUUUAA